AGUUGUUCUUCUUCUGCUUCAUCUUCUCCCACGUGUUUGUUGUGGUGGUCAUUCUUUGUCUUUAUAUUCUGAAUAGCUUUUUAUUUUUUCUAUAACAAAACAUCACGCAGCCAUCUUCAUGGGUUUCUCGAUCACCUCAGCUGUGAUGGGUGGAAUAUUCAUCAUCAUCUACAGCCUUUGCAUUGCUUUCCAUUUCCCUUAUGGAGCGUACUACGACUCAYGAUACAGGUACAACACUGGACUGGCAGUGGCUGUCAUUAUUUUGCUUCUUGGUAUUGUGGAAUUUGCCAUUGGAAUCUGGGCUGCCAUCUGCUGCUGCUUGAUGCAGAUUUGCUGUUGUAGGCCCCCACUGCAACAGUUAUGGCACAGAAUACAAAAAGAUGCAUGUCAAACUAGGUCAUUUGGUAGAAUGCUUGAGAAAAUUGGGUAUGGCUCUGCAGAAAUAACUUUGCAGUGGACUGUGGUAUGUAUGAGUUUAAUAGCGUACAAUAUACAGUGGCUUCAGAGUGAUUGGUCAUAUUUUCGAUGGCAUGAUAUAGAGAUAUUUGCAAUGCCCAUAUAGAGCACUAGCAUUUGAAUACAAAUAUAUAUUUUACUAUUAUGAAUUAUUUAUCUCUCCCAUCCCCUUUUUAUUUUUGUUAAAGUCUUGCUGUGAUGGGUAUCCCCUUUGCAGGACUCCUCACUUGUAGAUGUAGAUGUAUUCUAACUAAUAAAUAGUAAUUUUGGAAAAAAAAAAGGUUCUUUUAGAGGUUGGAAGAGUUGCUUGAUUCCUCCAGCAAUUCCUGAAUACCCCGUCAAAAAAAUUACAGGAUAGAGAUCCUGUUAAUCCUUUCUUACCACACUUGGUGGGUAAAUUUUCUCAUUA